UUCCUGCCGAAUCACAUGAUUAUAACUACGCUGGCCGGCUAGCGAGCUAACCGGCUAACAGGCUAGCUCCGGUUGUCACAGCCGCUGUCAACAGCCACGGCCGGGGAACGGAGCAGCGCUCCCACAAGUAGUUCGCCGAACUCGCGUAGUCUCCGGUAAAUCCCCCCCCCCCGUACCGGUGCUGCCCCCCUGGUCGUGUCCGCGGGAGCCGCUAUCUGGAGUUAGCCAAGGCCAAGCCAACGUUCGCUCGAAAGGGACUCGUCGUCUUCCCUACUCGUUGUCUUCAAGAUCGCGAGUCAUUCGAUUCCCACCCAAUAAGUCAGCGGGGGUUUUGGCGUCCUCGGAGGCUCCAUCGUCGCGUGGGGGGGGGGGCGCGGACUCUCCCGGGCGGGAUGGAUAGACGGUAAAUAAAGACAACGACUUCGGAGGUGCACGUUGAUUUCGUAAUGACAAGCUGCUGUGCAGAAGAUGUCCACGCUGCCUGUGACUGAUAUCCCAGAUGUUGGUCAUGCGCUUGUUUUGCACACCUGUCUCCGGUCUGCGUGUCUCAGAUGAGAGGAAGGUGUUUGUCGGGGCCUCUGAGCUGCAGCUGGACUGCUUGGUUGAGGAGGGCGGCGGAAACGGCACAAUGAAGCACGGCGGCCUGCUGUCGCUGGCUGACCUCUCCCAGCCAGACGACCUCCCCGCCCCCCCCCACAACGGCCUGCCGCCGACCGACAUGAGAAGCCCUCUGCCGGGGGAGCCCAGCGACAUUAAGCCGGAUCUGUCCGCUGGCGACGCACCCGCCGGCUCAGACGGCCAGCCGGUGAAGAGGAAGAAGGGACCGGCGCCGAAGAUGCUGGGCAACGAGGUGUGCAGCGUGUGCGGCGACAAGGCCUCGGGCUUCCACUACAACGUGCUGAGCUGCGAGGGCUGCAAGGGCUUCUUCCGCCGCAGCGUCAUCAAGAGCGCCCAGUACAACUGCAAGAACAGCGGCCGCUGCGAGAUGGACAUGUACAUGCGCCGCAAGUGCCAGCAGUGCCGCCUGCGCAAGUGUCGGGAGGCCGGCAUGUUGGAGCAGUGCGUGCUCUCCGAGGAGCAAAUCCGAGUGAAGAAGAUGAAGAAGCAGCACGAGGACGACACGGCGCGCUCGUCCGCCGUGGUCACGCCGACGCCGCCGCAGGAGACGGUGGCGCUGGAGCCGCAGCAGCAGGAGAUGAUCGAGAAGCUGGUGGCCAUGCAGAAGCAAUGCAACAAGAGGUCCUUCCUGGACCGACCCGGAGUCACGCCGUGGCCGCAGAGUCAGGACCUGCUGAACCGAGAAGUGCGUCAGCAGCGGUUCGCCCACUUCACCGAGCUCGCCAUCAUGUCGGUGCAGGAGAUCGUGGACUUCGCCAAGCAGCUCCCUGGUUUCCUGGAGCUCACGCGGGAGGACCAGAUCGCUCUCCUGAAGACGUCCACCAUUGAGAUUAUGCUGCUGGAGACGUCCCGGCGCUACAACCCUGCUAUUGAUAGCAUCACGUUCCUGAAGGAUUUCAGCUACAACAAGGAGGAUUUCGCCAAAGCAGGGCUUCAGUUUGAGUUCAUCAACCCCAUCUUCGAGUUCUCUAAAGGAAUGAAUGACCUGCACCUGGACGAGGCCGAGUACGCGCUGCUCAUCGCCAUCAACAUCUUCUCCGCAGAUCGGCCCAACGUGCAGGAUCACGACCUGGUGGAGCGGCUGCAGCAGCCCUACGUGGACGCGCUGCGCUCCUACAUCUCCAUCAAGAGACCAAAUGUAAGCGACCACCUGAUGUUUCCCCGCAUGCUGAUGAAGCUGGUGAGCCUUCGCACGCUGAGCAGCGUCCACUCGGAGCAGGUCUUCGCCCUUCGCCUCCAGGACAAGAAGCUUCCCCCGCUGCUCUCUGAAAUCUGGGACGUCAACGAGUGACGUCACACACACACACACACACGCACACACGCAUAGUCUUUCUCUGAAGCGCAGCAGGAACUUUUUUUUAUUUUUUAAUCUAUCUCCCGUGGGGGAGGCGGGGGGGGAAGCGUCGUCGCUCCUUUGCUCUCAAGCUUCUAAAUGGUGAAACCUGAACACUUGGUUGUCUUUAGAUGCUGACAUGAUUAUGGCGAUUAUCAAAUUCCAGCUUAAUAGGGCUCUUUGGCCAGUGUUCAAGUUUUCCUUGAUUUUUAAUUCCUGUUUUUAAAGUUCUGUUGAUUUCUAGUCCAGUUCUACACGCAUCUUGUAUGAUUUAAUGGGCUCCGGCAUCAGGAUCACAGCUGCACAUUCACUUCACGUAGUUGUAUAUCUAUAAAUAUUUGCGGUUGUGCGGACUUAAAGUGGUAGGCCAUGUGGUUUGUAUUGUGAUAUAUAGCAACAAGCGGCAUCUGUUCCGGUCGGAGUGAGGAAUCAAACAAAAAAGGUCGGAGUCGCUGCUGCUCAGGUGGAGCCGUGUGAAGUACGCCUGUGGGAGUCGGAGGCUUCUCCUCCUGCUGCAUUACCUCUCGGCCAUUUAGAACCGCCCAUUAACGUGGGUGUAAAUUCUAUAUUUAUUUCACACUGUAAAGAGAAGGCGUAGAGCGCACACAGGGAUUGUACAAUCACAUACUCGAUGCACGACAAGGUAGAACUCUGCCCGCCGCGCCCUCGCCAAGUGACGACUAAUGUGACGAGAGCCUCAUUUCACUCGGCACCGGUACCCUGAAAUCGUUGCUACUCUCAUAAAAAUUUAACGACGGUUAAAAGACGCUGAGAUGCCUCCUAAGAAGUCCAUCCUGAUAGGAGAGCCUCCCUCUAUCAUCACCUUAUUUGUCAGUAAUGUGGAUGCCGAAGGCACUUUUUAUUGAUUUUAUUACAAAGCCGUUUAUAUUUCGAUUUUUUUGUUUUUCAUCACUAGCGUUUAAAGGUGUGAGAAAUGUACAAGCAACACGCAUAUAGAGCUUUUAGCGUUUUUAUUUUUUGAUAACUUACUGUGUGAAUGACACUGAGGGAAAAUCUCCAUCUAAAGUAUCUUCCUGAGCAACAACAGCUUUAAUGGGUCGGAUUUAGAGAAGUCUUGUGAAGGAAAAAAACAACCAAAAGAUCAGUGAAGGAGUUGAAACGUGGACAUUUUGAGUUCUAAGAAACCUUCUGACUGCAGGCGUUGCUCGAGGUGCUCGAGCUUCAUGCUUUCUCCUGUGCAGCGUGAACUUGAAAUGCAUAACGGACGGUAAAGAAACAUUGAUGCAAAUUCUGUGAUUUUAUUACAAUUUUAAUUUAAAAAGCUUUUUUUUUUUUAAAUGCCCUAACAUAGUUUUUACAGGGUUCCGGUUAAAAUAAUUUACUGUAUUGCUUUUCUUUUUUCUUUUUAACCAUUUGCAGUACAAAUUAUUUUGGUUUUUAAUUCAAAUGUGCGACUUGCAGUAACAAAGGCUCAGUUUUGAUUUAUUCCAGAUUAAUUUUGUAUGUUGGUAAUUUGAGUUUUGUAACUUGAAUUGUCUUUAUUUUCUGUAUCUCCAUCCAAGAAUGUUUAUUGCAUAAUAUCUUUGUUCAAUUUAACGACACCCAUUGACCUUCACAAAUGGUUUUAGUGUACAUAGUUUUUUUAUCGCCAAUCUAAAUUUUGGAUCCACAGCAGACAUUUUCUCUUGAACAUUGCAGCUUUUGCAAAUACAACUUUAUAUUAAGUCAAGAUUUUAUUGUUUGACCUUCAGUUUUUCCACGAUAAACGCAUAAAUACAUUUGUUGAUUUUCUUACCGCUUUCUUGACCUCAGGCAGAACACGGUGAGCGCCGCCUAUUGGUCGCUGCAACGACCACAGACAAGUGGAUGUUUUCCCUCUUCACAGUGGUCACGAGCAAUAGUAACCGCCGCGCUCUUCCUUCCUCUUCCUCCUCAGAUGCUUGGGGAGAAAAGAAAAAAAAGAACGCAGACAAAAAGGCUUCUGUUGAGGGGAUUUAAAAAAAAUAAAGUCAUCUCCUGCUGCCUCAGUGGAAGCGAUCUAUUUAAAGGCAACUCGAGGAGCUUCGGUUUCAUUCCUGCAGGGAGACAAAUGUCGCCUGAAUUAAAAGUCAAGCUUGAUACGAGUAAUCUGACAAAGUACAAUGAAAAGACAUUUUCUCAUCGCGUGUCGUAUCGAGCCGCUUUGCCCCCCCCACCCCCCUUCUUAUUAUUAUUAUUAUUAUUUUUUGACGCUCCAUUAAUAAUUAUUGAUUUUCUGAUAUUCCUCUAACCCUAACCUAAUGUAUUUAAUAUAUUUCUUUCCGACUGGUCAAUAAAUAUGAAAAGAAGCAGAAUAACCAGCGUGUGCAGCAUUUUGAAACCGUAUAAUUGAUUUUUUUUUUUUUUUCUCCCCCUCUUUUCUUUUGGGUUCCUUUUUUUUAAAAUGAAUUUUGUGUUUUGUUUUGUUCUCUUGCAGGUUACCUAGAGCCAAACACUAACCAUCACGUUUAAAAAGGAGUAGCUUCUGUAUUAUUAAGGGGAUUCCCACCGUGAAAUGGCGCUGUGAUCAAAGCAAAAAACCCACUUCUUUCUUUCUGGCGUGUACAUGUCGAAUCGGUUUGUCGCAGAGGUUAAUUGUGCUGUAUAUACUGUAAUCGUCCUCUCUGAUCUCAUUUACUUCCUGUCUUUGAGGGGUGACACUGUAAACAUUGUUUAUGUAUAGAAAUGCAAACCUAUUUUAAUACUUGUAACUCAUGAAGACCUUCUGUUUUGUAUGUACAGUAUAAAUUAAAGCGAUGCUGUAGUGCUCA